CUCUCUCUCUCUCUCUCUCUCUCUCUCUCUCUCUCUCUCCGUGCGCAUCUAUUCCAAACUGACAGCGUCUGACGGGAUGACCGGCGCGUAUAGGGCUGCUGCUGCUCACUGAGGACAGGAUAAUGUUGAGGAGGGAGUGAGAAAAGUCCAGCACCUGGAGCGCUCGGUUACGCACUCAUCCUCCUCCUCCUCCUCCCCCCCCACCACCACCUCUCGCUUCUCUUCUGCCUCUGCAAAGUGCUGUUUCACCCCUUGUUUCCGUCGUUUUUGCCGUCUCUGCACCCUCCGGGAAGCUUUGGAGAGCUCCACCUGCACCGAGGCGCACCGCUUACAUUCCGGAGGAUUGCACCAUUAAGACGCGUCUUUGGUUUGUAGGACACGGUCGAGGAUGGAGCUCAUUCUGUGUGCAGCUGGGCGGCAGAUCCUCUUUGCUCUGAUGCUGCUGCUCUCUUUAGGCUUGGGUGCAGCCUCCUCCAUAGUGAACAUGCGUAGGAUCACCCAUCCUACGGUACAACAAACGCUGGCAGGCAAAGCCGUCCUCCCCUGUGUCUUCACCCUCCAGACCAGCUCCUCCCUGCAGCCUCCCCACCUCCUGUGGACUCACACUGGGCCACCAGCAAGAGGACAAGAGGCUCCUCUGGAGAGGAUUGUGCUCUCUGCUAAAGGUGAUGUAAUCAAGGUGAAUAAGGCUUUCAGUGGCCGCGUCAUGCUGCCAGGAUACGCUGCCAAUCCUCUGAAUGCUACCAUGGAGAUCUCCGGUCUCCGCACCAACGACUCAGGCACUUAUCACUGUCAGGUUGUCGUGGGUAACGACUAUGAGAGAGACGCUGUGCCCCUGGUGGUCUCCGGUGUGGUGUUUCACUACCAGGCUCCCGGCGCCCGUUACGCCCUCUCAUUUUCUGAUGCCCAGCGAGCCUGCCAGGAAAACUGGGCUCAGAUGGCCACGCCGGCCCAGCUGUGGGCAGCGUACCAUGACAGCUUCAGCAGCUGUGCAGCCGGCUGGUUGGAUGAUCAGACUGUCCGUUAUUCUGUCCAGUUGCCAGAGCUUGGUUGCUAUGGACACAAGGAGUACUCAGCUGGAGUGAGGAAUUAUGGGAAGAGGGACCCGAAAGAGCUGUUUGAUGUGUACUGUUUUGCAAAGGAACUGGAUGGUGAAGUGUUUCACUCCUCGGUCCCCGGCAGACUGUCGCUGUCCUCAGCCUCAGACCGCUGUGUGUCCCUCGGGGGCCAGCUGGCCACGGUGGCACAGCUUUAUCUGGCCUGGAGGGCCGGCCUGGACAGCUGCGCCCCAGGCUGGUUGUCUGAUGGCAGCGUCCGUUUCCCGGUGGCCUGGCCUCGCCCCGACUGUGGAGGAAGCCAGUCAGGAGUCCACACCGUCUCCCCCAACAGCACUGCUGACAACGCUACAGCACUAUAUGAUGCUUACUGCUACAGAGGUAAAGUGAAGAAUUCAGGCUCCAUCUCUCAGAUCUACACCUCCCUGUGGAAGCCCUGGAGCUAUCUAACAGGCUCAAGCGAUGCCGACUCCACCGAGACACACGGUCCUGAUCCGACUACACAGCAAACCACCACCAGCAGAGGGUCUUCAGAUGGCAGCGACGUUUCACCGUCUAACUGGACCGGCCUGGUUGACCUGGAGGAGGAGACCUCUCCACACACUGCUGACCCCUCCUCAGACCCCUGGUCCUCAGAGUCUUCAAGGUCAUUUUUGACCCUCCAGUUAAUCCCAGGACAGAGCUCCUUGGACUGGGGGGAGCCACUGGAGCCUGGCCCCGACUCUGAGGAGUUUCUCCGACCUCCAGUAGAACCAACUCCUGCUGAGAAGAAGGCAAUUUCAAAGAUUGUGAAGUCCAUUUGGAAGCCUUGGAACUACCUGGUGGGCACUGAAGAUGAGGAGGGAACCCAGACACCAGGUGAAGAAGCAUCAAAAGAGAAUGUAGCUACAAAAAAGACUGACGAGGAGUCAAAUCCAUCCAGUUCAACCUCACCAGGUUUGUUGUCUUGGGGAAGUUCAUGGUUCAGCAGCCCCUCGAGGCAGAGCACCCCACCAGCCAGCGAAGAUUCACCCACUCAUCUGGCAUCCACUCUGACUGCCUCCUCUAACUCCAUGACUGCAGAGAGCACCAAGAGCUGGGAAAACUCAGAGACGUCCACCUCCUCCAGCCCUGCGCCUGAAAUCACCUCUUCCGCCGGGGAAACCUGGAUCCGGGUUGAAGCGGAGACCACGACCCAGCUGAGUGACAAGAGGGAGGAGACGGUGACCUCCAGAGCCAGCGGUAGAGGAAGAGGAAGGGGGAAGAAGAACAGGGGGGAGGACAGAAGCAGAGGUGAAGACAGGGGGAGAGGAGAGGAGAAGGGGAAAGCAGAUGAAGAAGGGAGCGGUGAAAUUACCGGUGCAGAGGCCAAAGGUGAGAUACAAGUCUCACGCCGACCAGUUGGAACAAGCAAACCCAGAGAGAGGUCCAGAGAAAGAUCCAGAGAGAGGGGUCACAGGAAAGGGCAAUCCACCACUGCUACCACCACCACUACCACCACCACCACCACCACUACCAGUACUCUGGAGGCUACAGUUUUGACCGUAACUGGAACAGAAAGUGACUUUUCUGCAUCUACUUCACCAACAACAGAAAACUCCUCCCAGACGGCCUCACUAGAACCAUCUCAAGCACCGUCUUCUUCUCCGUCCACCUCACCAUUCUUCUCUCAAUCAUCCCUGUCUGAAUCCCAGUCCAUCGUCCCGUCUCUUUCCUCUUCCUCCUCCCCAUCUCCAACCACUUCCUCACCUCCAUCCCAUUCCCAAACCCCGUCCCUCUCACCCUCAACGUCAUCACCUCUUUCCCCAUCACAGACUGUUGGACUGGGAGUCUCGGUUCCAUCCCCCCUCUCAGACAACCAGGACGGCCCCUUUGACCCGUCCACGUUGCUUCACUUGGUCCCAGUGGAGAAGGUGGUCGUGAACGGUUCUCUGGAUUACCCUCCAUCACUGUCCGGACCCACAGAUGAGGAGGAGCCCACUUGGUCCCAUGCCGUGGGGUCCGGGGCCCUUUUACCCGGCAACAUGGAGGAAGAAAGCAGCAGAGGAGGAGCCAACAUUAGUACCACAACUCUCAGCCCUGCAGCUGAGGUGGAGCCCUGCGUGACAAACCCAUGUCUGCACGGAGGGAAGUGCCUUCCACAGGGAACGGGCUACAGCUGCUACUGCCCACAAGGAUACACUGGGGAGAACUGUGAGAUUGAUGUUGACGACUGCCAGUCCGAGCCUUGUGAAAAUGGAGGCACUUGCAUCGACAAGAUUGAUUCAUUCCUCUGCCUUUGCCUGCCCAGCUACGGAGGAGACACAUGUGAGAAAGACAUCGAAGGUUGUGAACAUGGCUGGAGGAAGUUCCACGGCCACUGCUACAGGUACUUCACCCACAGACACACCUGGGAGGACGCAGAGAAAGACUGCAGAGAGCACAGCGCUCAUCUCAGCAGUGUCACCUCAGGCACUGAGCAGGAGUUUAUCAACGGUCUUGGUCAUGACAACGCCUGGAUUGGUCUGAAUGAUCGCACAGUGGAGGAGGACUUUCAGUGGACUGAUGGCAAUGAUCUGGUGUAUGAGAACUGGAGGGAGAGCCAGCCGGAUAACUUCUUUGCAGGCGGCGAGGACUGUGUGGUGACCAUUGCCCAUGAGGACGGCAAGUGGAACGACGUGCCCUGCAACUACAACCUGCCCUACAUCUGCAAGAAAGGCACAGUGUUAUGUGGGACCCCUCCUGCAGUGGAGAACGCCCAUUUGAUAGGUCGGCGGAGAUCUCACUAUGACAUCCAUUCAGUGGUGCGUUACCAGUGCUCUGAGGGCUUCUACCAGCGCCACAUCCCCACCGCACGCUGCCGGGCCGACGGCAGCUGGGAGCGACCCCGGAUCAUCUGCACAAAGUCUCGGCGAUCACACCGGUACCGACGUCAUCACCACAACCAGCACCACGAGCGCCGCGGCCACAGGAGACACGGAGGAGACGGACACAAGGCCAGAGAGGACGCACACAGCUACUACUGAACCAAAUAAUACAACUUCUGCAAUGCCUAGGUGCUAACCAUGGCCCAUACAGAAAGACAGUAGUUCCCGUCACUUCCAUGUUUUGCUUCUAACCAUUGCUCUCUGCUUAGCUUCACUCCUCCUGAUAAAUAAGGUUAUCUUCUUCUAACACACAGUCGAUGAUCUCUUCGUGACCACGUCUCUGAGUUUGGGUGUUUGGAUGCUUCCUUUUCUUUUCACUCUGCUUCCUUUAACUGAGGUCCAUGCGAACACUAACUAUAACUCUCUUAAUUCCUUCUAUCCCUGACGUUUCCACCCGUCUACAAACUAAAACCCUGUGCUGGUCUGUCGUGCUGACAGCAGUGUGUGUGAGUGUGUGUGUGUGUGUGUGUGUGUGUGUGUGUGUGUGUGUGUGUGUGUGUGUGAGCGUAUGCAUGUAAAACAGAAACUUAGAGAGGUGAGAAGAGUCACUUUUUUUUUCUAAAAGUUUGCUUGUUCUACAUGAAAAAUAAACUGUCAUCCUAGUAUUCUGUUUACAAAGCACAGACGUAAUUGAUGCAAGAUAGCGUUCAGUCCCUGUUAACCCUGAGCUUUUUGUAUGUGUACUGUAGCUGUUACUUUCUCCAUAGAGCACCUGAAUAGCUGUUUUAUUCUACUGACAUGCUUCUUUUUCUAAUAUUUGCUAUGUUUGUGUAAUGUUACUAUUUAUUAUGAUUCAUUUGCUAGUGAAUAUGCUUUCUUUUUUUACUUAUACUUCAGAGAGCCGACGUAACAUCAUUUUUCUAUACCAGUAUGUAAGUCCAACAAUCAAUCAGUAACAAAAUUAAUCAUUUGAUUGCCUCUAAUCUCUGUAUUGUAAAUAUCGUGGUGUGUUUUAUUGGCUGAUCCUGAUCAAUAGCUGGACCUUGUCCAAUCAAAUAGACUCCCCCAUCCCCAUUAGCACCAUCAGCUAACGGACACGUCCCACUGACAUAGAUGGUGUGAGUGGGAUUUUAAAAUACUUUCUUGAGAUAACCACUUGAUUGUAUCUGAAUCGCUAAAUACUUUCAAUCUUUGCACGGCUAUAUUUACAUGAUGGGUAGAAUGUCACUAUUUUUUUUGUCUUUGGUCCCUUUGAUAUUUGAUCGGUCAUCCACUUUUUGGUGUUCUUAUGACUUUUUGUCCUGCUGUUGUAUUCCAUUCUUAAUAAAGUGAACAAAACAAACAACGA